CGCCUUUUUGUCACUUCUGAAACAACUGUGAACUGAUAACAAAUUGAUCAAUGUUUUGAAUUGAUUUUGAAUGUUUUACGACUCACAGUGAAUUUUAUUCAAGAUGCACAAGUUUUCAAGGGCUCUUAAGCCCGUUUUGAGGAAUCCACAUUUUGAAUUAUCAAGAAUUCAGUCACGAAAUCUGCCAGUAUGUGUGACACCGUUAAGCGAACCUUUGGAAGAUGUUGAAUUUGAUGAAUCAAAGUCUGCUUCUCAUUCCAGUGAAGUACAGGUGACAACACUAAGCAAUGGUAUGAAGGUGGCAUCAGUCGAUUCUUCUAAUCCUAAUGCAAGAGUUGGGAUGUUUUUCAAAACUGGAAGUCGCUAUGAGACAUUGUUGAACAUUGGUAUAUCCCAUAUUCUCAGAGUUGGAGCUUUCUUAACCACGUCUGAUCACACUGGUUUUCAUAUUUCUCGAACCAUGGAGGAAAAUGGAAUAAGUCUGGAGGCUUCAUCAUCACGAGAGAAUGUUGUUUAUUCUGGUCAAUGUUUGAAAGACAAUGUGAAUCUACUCAUACCGUACCUAGCUAAUGUUGCCAGAGUUCCAGAAUUCAGACAGUGGGAGUUAGAUGACAUUGCCGAGAAUGUUGCUUUGGACCUUGCAAUCGCCGAAACAAACCCACAAAUUGGUUUGAUUGAAGAACUCCACAGAAUUGCGUAUAAAAAUGGUCUGAGGAAUUCCAUAUAUUGCAAGCCACAUAAGAUACAUUCGUUCCGCACGGAUAUGCUUUUGAAUUUUGUCAAAGAAAUGUUUGUGGGCAAGAAAAUGGCUUUAGUUGGAGUAGGCGUACCACAUAAAAGUUUAGUUGAUCUAUGUGAGACAUAUUUCUCUCUCAUACCGGCUGGAAGCGAUGCUCCUCCGCAGAAAGCGUUGUACUGUGGAGGCGAGUUAAUCAGUGAAGAACCAAAAGGCCUGAUUUAUGUUGCUUUAGCGUCUGAAGGAAGCAGUUUUGUUGACAAAAAAUAUCUUUCAUUUGGCGUUUUACAACGGGUUCUUGGCAUUACUCCCUUCAUUAAGUGGGGAAGCAACACUGUCUCUUCCAGAAUAAACAAGGCCGUACAAAAAGUUACUGAUGGUCCAUUUAUGGGAUCUGCCUUAAACAUCAACUAUACAGAUUCUGGGCUGUUUGGUUUUCAUGCAGCAGCAAGUCCUAAAGAUGCUGCAAAGGUCACGCGUACAAUUGUAGACGAGUACUCCAAAGUUUCGAAAGGUGAUGUCACAAAAGAAGAAGUGCAACGAGCAAAAAACCAACUGAAGUCAAGCAUUCACAUGUCAGGCGAGAGCUCUGUCGAUAAGCUGGAAGAUAUAGGCACACAGAUACUGCAUAGGGGUCAAUAUACAUCGCCCGAUUCCUGUGCUCAGCAGAUAGACAAAGUAUCCUUGGAUGAUGUUGUAAGCGCAGCCAAGCUAAUCUUUCAAAAGAAACCCUCUUUGGUUGUUAUGGGCGAAAGUGAAAAUCUUCCUCGAUUAGAGGAUCUUAUGUAACUCUUAUCACACGUUGCAAAUUACCGAGAAUAUUGCUUUUGUGCCAAUCUUUUGUUUAAUAAAGUUGUAUCAAAGAAA